AUGGUAAAAUUGAAGAUUCGAACGGGUCCUCCUCCUCCGCCGCCACCAGAGGAGCCGAAACCGCAACUUCCAGCGAGCGGAGUCCCAACGGCAAUUCCUAAAAUCAAAAUCAAAGCGCGAGAGCCUAAGGGCCCGCGAUUAACAAAAAUCCGCCUGAAACGUGUCCGGGAGCCGGGUUUGGGAUAUGAUUCAGAAGCAUCGGAUCGAGAAGAAGACCCUUGCAUUGAAGAGCAAAUCAUCCUUCGAAUGAUGCCAGGCGAAGACUGUGAAUAUGUUCGAAAAGCCAUUGAAAAUCGCGAAAUAGGCAAGGGAGCCGAUGUGUGGGUGAAGUUUAAAGAUCAACGACGUGCUGUUGUUCAUGUCAAUGGACAUUUGUAUGGAGCAAAAUUAGUGGAUUUACCGUGCGUUAUAGAAUCAAACAAGUCGUUUGAUAAAAAAGUCAUAUUCAAAGCAGCUGAUGUCUGUCAAAUGCUUUUAGUCACUGGCCGCAUAGACCAUGAAAACGAUGUGCUGAAUACCCACUUAAAACAGUCCGAUUAUGUAUAUCCUCAUGGUCUUACGACUCCUAUGCACUGGGUUCGUCAAAAACGAUUCCGUAAACGCGUAUCCAACCGUACCAUAGAAGCUGUGGAAAAUGAAGUAGAUCGACUGCUGACAAUGGAUGAAAGAGCGAUUAGCACGUCAAGCGAACUUGUAGACCACUCUAUGUUAGCUAGGGAUUCCAGUGUUGCGUUAUCGGAGGAUAUUUCGUUUGACACGAUGCAAUCAGCCGGCGUUGGUGUGGGUGACCAAGACCAACGGAUACCUGGUGACAUGUUUGAUGGGAUGGAUGAAGAUGAUUUGGCUGGUCAAAUCGAACAAGGAAUGCUUGAACUUAGCCAGGAUACAAGAGAGUCGACUGCAGAGCCCCAACUUGCUGGCGAGGAAUCAGUUAGCGAUGAGGAGGACGAAGAAGAGGAAGAUGAAGAAGAUAAUGAAGCUGAUGAUGAAACACGCGAAAGCAAACGACAAACAAGAUUGGUGCGUGAAUUCAUUUCCGAAUUGGAAACUUCUAUUCAAAAACGUAAAAAAGAUGCGGAAGAGGCCACGAAUCCCAUUUUACGGAAUCGUUUCCUUGCCGAUGUCAAUCGUAUGGUUACAGAAUUAGAAUUGAAGCGCACCCAGUUAGUUGAAAGCGAUGAGCAAAUUGAAUAG